GCGGAGUCUGUGGGGCCAUGGUGAGCUCUCCAGCGGUUACAUGAAAAACAGCACCUGGGAGGAGAGACGAGACGAGUUAUCUUCUUUCUUCGUCGUCCGCCGGUGCAGAUAUCUACAGAGUCGAAAGGUGCAGUAGCCAUGGAGUCCACCAGGAGACGUACCCAGCACAGUUCCAAUGGCAAAACCUCCGAACACAUGGAGCAGCCAGCACAGUGGGGCAGAGCAUGGGAGGUUGACUGGUUUUCCCUCAUCGGCGUAAUUAGCCUCCUUUGCUUCGCCCCUUUCAUUGUCUUCUACUUUGUGAUGGCCUGUGAUCAGUACCAGUGUUCGAUCAGCCAGCCUCUGUUUGAGUUAUACAGCGGUGAAACCACACUACUCUCCAUCUGGGCCCGAUCACCCUCCUUCACGUGGUCAGCUGCUAAGAUUUAUGCCAUCUGGGUGGGCUUCCAGGUGUUCCUGUAUAUGUGUAUUCCCGAUGUCACCAAUAAGUUUAUUCCUGGCUAUGUUGGUGGAGUGCAGGAUGGAGCACGAACUCCUGCUGGCCUGAUUAACAAGUACGAGAUCAACGGGCUACAGUGUUGGCUGAUCACUCAUGCCUUGUGGUUUGCCAAUGCCCAUUACUUCCACUGGUUCUCUCCCACCAUCAUAUUCGACAACUGGAUCCCUCUGAUGUGGUGCACCAAUAUACUGGGCUAUGCUGUGUCUACCUUUGCUUUCAUAAAAGCUUAUUUUUUCCCUACAAACUCUGAGGACUGCAAAUUCACAGGGAACAUCUUCUACAACUACAUGAUGGGCAUUGAGUUCAACCCCCGCAUUGGCAAGUGGUUUGACUUCAAGCUUUUCUUCAAUGGCCGACCCGGCAUUGUAGCCUGGACUCUUAUCAACCUGUCUUACAUGGCCAAGCAGCAAGAACUGUACGGCCACAUCACCAACUCCAUGAUUCUGGUCAAUGUUCUGCAGGCUAUUUAUGUAUUGGACUUCUUCUGGAAUGAGGCGUGGUACCUGAAGACCAUUGAUAUCUGCCAUGACCACUUUGGAUGGUAUCUUGGCUGGGGAGACUGUGUCUGGCUGCCAUACCUCUACACACUGCAGGGUUUAUACUUGGUGUACCACCCAGUCCAGCUCUCAGAUGCCCACGCUCUGGCCGUGCUGUUGCUCGGCCUCGUUGGGUAUUACAUCUUUCGCUCCACCAAUCACCAGAAGGAUCUGUUCCGCCGCACAGAGGGCUCCUGCUCUAUUUGGGGCCACAAGCCGACAUACAUCGAGUGCUCGUACCAGUCUGCUGACGGUGGCAUCCACCACAGUAAACUCCUGACCUCAGGCUUCUGGGGUGUGGCCCGGCACUUCAACUACACAGGUGACCUGAUGGGUUCUCUAGCCUACUGUGCUGCCUGUGGCUUUGGCCACAUACUUCCAUACUUUUACAUUGUUUAUAUGACCAUUCUGCUGGUCCACCGCUGUGUGCGUGAUGAGCACCGCUGCAGCAGCAAGUAUGGCAAAGACUGGAAACGCUACACAGAUGCCGUGCCUUACCGGCUGAUUCCUGGAAUGUUUUAGAAAGAGGAGGCGGGAAAAACUGGGAAGAAGUUGGAGAGAUUGGGACAAAGAUUAAGACAGAUACAUAAGUUAUGACAUGGUAAUAAGCUGUCAAGAUCAACAUGACUUUUCUGCAUAUCGAGAACACAGUACCCUACACAUUCUACACUGUAUUUCAUACAUUCUUUUUUAUUAUGUUCCUUAUAUAUUAGAGCACUGUACAUGUGUAUGUUCAGGUAGAGUAUGUUUAUCGCUGUACUUCUCUGCCUCAGUAAAGGCAGUUUGAUUCACAAGUCUGCUUUCUUUAAGCUGUGACAGUUUAACAUGGCGACACACAUUUUUAAAAACAGCGCAAUGUACAAUGUUUUUGGAGUUAGCAGGACCAAGCACAACUCAAAUCCAGCUGAAGACAAAAUCAGGAGCAGAAGCAAGAGUCAGUAUGUAUGGCAGGCUUACAUUUCUCAAAUAUUUGAAUUUGAUGGUUAUGCGUUAUAUUAUUGUAAAUAUAACGUGGGUUUCUUUUGACUGUGGUGAAAAUAAUACGUUUAAAGAUAUCACUUAGCUCUCAGGUCAUUAUGAAGUUUAAGGCUGUAAGAGCUGAGCAUCAACUACAAUGCCUUGUUGCUGCCUAAUGGUAAAUGGACCAAUGUGAUUGUUGGCUCUGCUACCACGACCUGCAUGACAGAAAAGUUAUCUAGUCUCUGAAUAAAGAUCGUCUGAGGGCUGAGCUUUGUAUAGACAGCGUAAACAAUUUAAAUGACCUGCUAGACUUUUAACAACCACAGAAUAUAAGCACCUGAACAGCAAUGAAAUUCAAGCUCGAUGUUGAUAGAGAUAUUUUUUGCUUUGUUAAACCAUCACAUUCGUUUAGUGUUUAUUUCCUCAUACCAACACUGCCUUUCUGAUAAAAAUAAAGAAACACAAUAAACUUA